UAUAGCGCUACCUGCAGCAUGAAUUUUAAUAUUCAAUUCUGCUUCAAAUUGUGGAUUUUUUACAGUAUUAGUGGGAUAAGUACUUGCAUGCUCGAUGUAACUAAAGAUAUGUUGAACAGUUUGAUGAUUUCGAAGCAAAGUGAACUUAGUUGCGAAGAUUUGUGGAGCAAUAUUUUGUCACAAAUUAGUUCUACCCACCAAAAUCUGACCGACUGCCAAAAACACGAGCAAAAUUUCCAAUCUCCAAUAACAAAUUUUAACUCCUGUCAACAAUUAGUGGAAGAUGUGAAAAAUAACACAUUUCUAGAACAUGAAAAUUUGAUAGCCAAAAUCAACUCUAAACUAGUCGAGACCAAACAAAAAGUGGAAAAAGAGCAACAGAAAACAAUAAAUUCUCAAAGAGACAUUGAAAAUAUUCGCAAGGAAAUCCAAACCUUUUAUCACGACCUUCUGCUGCUUAACAUAGAUUUAGGUGAUGUGCGACAGGCUAUCAAAUAUUAUAGACUUUUUAAAUUGUAUCAGAAUGCCAGUAAAUUAGUCAACUCCUUAAUACAAUCGGCAUACCGUGACAAAAAACACGAAAACAAACGCCUUGAAAACUUAUUAGCAUUUGUUCGAAAUUUGGCUAGCAGCUCAGACAAAGUCUUGCUCUAUCGGUUGAUCCAAGGUGAAAUAAUGAAGCGUACAACGCAAAAUUUAAGUUACCUAGCAAUGAUAGCCUCAUUGGAUAUGGCAAAAGUUGUUUUCAAAAAAGAAUACAAAGAAGACCAAAAGCUAUACUUGAAAAUGUUUGAGCAAAUUCUAAGACGCUGGAGAUUUCAAAUACUUUCAGGUAACUAUAAAGACAUAGUGGACUUUGCUAUUAGGUAUCCACUAUAUUUUGAAAUGGUAGAAUCUAGAAUACCAACGAUAAAUUCCAAAAUUUGGCCCCAGAUUAGCUUCAACCAGUUUACAACGUAUCCUAAUCAGCUACCCCUGCUCAAACAACGACUGGAAGCUUUUCGAAUAAUCAUGCUACAGAUUAAACAAAGAAACAAAAUUAAUUUCGCCAAUCGAUUAUCGAUGUUAGCUAAGCAGAUUUCAAUCUGUGAAACAUUCAUGAAAAAUCAAAAGAAUGACCAAUCAGGUCAAGAAUUGUUGUUAAAAUUAAAAAUUCAAUUCUCUGAUUUUGAUUUUGAAAAAUUAUGAGUACUAUCUGAAAAAUUAUAACAGUCUACAACCUACUAAGGCAAUCAAAAUGAAAUGGAGCCGUGGAAAAAAACGUAAUAAACAAUAGCUUUUGCAAUUGAGCAAAACAUUUCAUUUACGACUUAUACUAUCGUUGAUUUUUUUACAUUUUUCAUUAUAUAAAAUUUAUUAGAGCUUUAUUUGAC